AAUACCGGCCUAAGUAGUCGUCAAUUUUAACCAUUUUGACUUAAAUCUAGAUUAAUAUCUUGGUUUGCGGUGCAGAGCGACGCUUUUUUCAGCUAGAUUCAUUCGUUUCCAACAAAAACGCGUCGAAUGAGCCUAAUUUCAUCGAUUUCUGAGUUGACGUAGCUAAAGUAAACACCCGAUACGAAUACGCUAACUCUGAGAGAAGAUAAAUUAAUUUCCAUUGGAAAAGAAACAAAAAAGCGACUCUCUGUUUCCCAAGGAGACUCUAUAACAGUCUAGCACUUUGACCUUUAUAAGAGAGGUCGGAAAACUAACCAUAUAAGAAGAGUUAUCUGAAAUAAAUAUUUUGGAACAUGCGCUCGACUAAAGGCAUUAUUCAAAUGGUACAAGCCUCUAAAACAUACCUUUUGAACUUUCUCCAGACCAUGUCAAAGUCUGGAGAAAAACGCAGAUUUAUUGAUAUCCAUAAUGACAAUUCUUUUGGAAAGUAUGCUAUAGUCCAGCCUUGGAUAGUUUCUGAAAAAGUUACUGUACCUGCAUACAUACCCCAGCCAUCCUACAGUCAGUCUAUGAUACCCAAAAAAGGGCCAGCAAUGCCUGAGAUCAAAGAUGAAUAUCAAAUAGAAUGUAUGAGGCAUAGUUGUAAAUUUGCUAGUCGCAUUCUGCGUCAAGCUGGCGCGUUAAUCGAGCCAGGUAUUACAACUGAUUUUCUCGAUAAACAAAUACAUGAUAUGAUCAUUGGUAACGGAGCUUAUCCCAGUCCACUCAGCUACCAUGGCUUUCCCAAGUCUAUAUGUACAAGUGUUAACAACAUCGCUUGCCAUGGUAUUCCAGACAAUAGGCCUUUACAAGAAGGUGAUAUACUCAAUGUUGAUAUAACAGUAUAUCUUAAUGGUUAUCAUGGCGAUUGUUCAGCUAUGUUUCAAGUGGGUGAAGUAGACUCAGAAGGCAAACGAUUGAUAACAAUCACAGAAUUGUGCUUAAAGUCAGCUAUUGAAAUAUGCAAACCAAACGAACAUUUUUAUAAUAUUGGUAACGUGAUAGAAAAGACAGCAAAUGAACACAAUUUGAACGUAAUACCUGCAUUUUUGGGUCAUGGUAUUGGAACUUACUUUCAUGGUGCUCCAGAUAUUUAUCACUUUGCAAAUAAUUUUCCUGGGAAAAUGAAAGCAGGUAUGACAUUUACUAUCGAGCCUGCUUUGAGUCAAGGAUCGAUUCAGACCAUAAUUCUAGAAGAUGGAUGGACAAUUUGUACAGUCGACGAUUCUAGGACAGCUCAAGUCGAACACACAAUUUUAAUAACAGAUACUGGAUGCGAAAUACUAACACUUUAGUCGCUUUAGUUUAUGAUCGGUAUCAUUACUAUUUAUACGACAAAGGAUCCAUUGAAUAUAUGUAUUAUUUUUAGUGCACAUAAAGCCAUGUAUAAAU